UUGUGAAAUAAUAGCCUACAUGAACCGAGUUUGCUGCCAAAAUAUUUAUUUCUUCUUAUGUUUGAACUAGGUGUUGUAAAUCCUAAUGUACUACUGGAGCUCUUCUCAAUGUAUCGUGGUUGGCAAGAGGAGAAGGCUCAAAAAAUAACUAAAACGCAGGAAGAGAUUGAAAACAAAAUAGAAGUUGUGGAUGCUUUGGCUGUGAAACUUCUCCAACGUUUCAAUUACUCAGCCUCAUCAAUGAAGACAACAUCUAAUCACCUAUCAGAAGUCCAUGCCUUGCAAGUGGAACUUGGAGAGUUAAAAGGGAGAUUAACUGAGGUGAUAAGCAAUUGUGAUGCAUUGUGCAAGCGGAUUUCUAGUGAGGGUCCGGAAUCUCUGCAAUCUUCUGUCAAGCCAUUAACAGCAGUAGCAGCCUCUGCCACUGAUUAGUUAAAGGAGCAAUAAAUAGGUUUUUUGUGUUUUUUGUGUUUUUUGUGUUUUUUUUUCCUUGCAUGAUUCAGGUUUUUGCACUCAAUCUGGGCACAUGAUAAGCAGCCUGAUCAGCCAUCACUAAGUUGUACUUGAUUGUUUACCCACUUGCUAUUGUGCUUUUGCUUCACCUUUGGAGAGAACGUUUGACCACAUUACCUUGUUAGACUUGGUCCAAAACGGGUUCCAAGUUCGAAUAUUUCCUUUACAUGCGAGCCAUGUGAUAUGAGUUUAUAGUAUCUGAAUUUUAACGCAAAUACUGAUCUGAUUGUAGUUAUUAUAUAAAUUUUGAUGCGAAUGAUCUGAAUAUUUAACUUUCUUUAAUUAUUG